AUGCUUCAGGCGAUGGACGUAGCGCCACAAACUACGCAACCAUCUGCAUCAUCCCAGCCGUCGACUUCGCGCUUGGCACCAGCCGUACAGCGGACAAGCACCAGGAGGCCCAUACCGGUCAAGCGCUUACGACUGGAGGAACAGGACGAUAUCAAGCCAGCAUCGCAGUCGGCACCGAUGCCCACGCCGCCUACAUCGCCGAGCGACUCUCUUGCAGCCAAACGCCGUAGGAUUCAGGCGGAGAUCGCAGUUGAAGAGGCUGAAGCGGCAGCCAGACAGGCGAGGGCUACGCUUCUUCGGACUCAACUAGAGGAGGCCGAGGCUGCCGAGUCGCAAGUGGCCCCGAGGGGAACCGUUUCACCUGUGAAGUCCGAGCGCCGACCGUCACCUAUCAGCGUACCGCGACGAGGGGAGGUUAUUGACUUGACGGGCGAACUCUGA